AUGCUGGAGUCCAAGACUGAUCAAACAACCAAUAGCAGUCCAGCUGGGCAGGAAUGUCAGAGCACAGAGAGUGAGAAGAGAGAAAAUUCUUCGUCACAGUCACUCACAACCCAGAUCCUGCAAACACAAGUGCUACAAGUUGCUCAACAACAACAACAACAGCAGCAGCAACAGCAGCAGCAGAGUGGUGAGAAGUCCCCGAAGAGCACAGAAAAGGAGGCAGACACACAGGUGCCUGUGUCUGUGGGGAUGAUAACUCAGAUGAUCACCCCUCAGCAGAUGCAGCAGAUCCUCCAGCAGCAGGUCUUGAGUCCCCAACAGCUCCAACUGUUACUGCAACAACAACAGGCCCUCAUGUUACAGCAGCAACAUCUCCAGGAGUUCUAUAAGAAGCAGCAAGAGGAAAUCCACUUACAGCUUCUGCAGCAUCAGCAUGUUGGAAAAGCCAGUAAAGAGCAGCAGAUGAUGGCUCAGCAGAUGGCCAUCCAACAACAGUUACUCUCCGUUCAACAGCAGCACCUACUGAACCUGCAGAGACAGGGCCUGCUCUCUAUCCCGUCGGCACUUACCAACACUCUGUCUCAAGGCCUGAUCCCUCCUGAACUUCAGCAGCUGUGGAAAGAGACAGCAGACGCACGGCAGGAGGAGAAGAAUAGAGGAGACAAGUCCCCUUCUCCCCCCAAAACCCAGAUCAUCAACCACCACUCCAGCACUAAUGGACAUCAAGUGCCCCGACCCGGCCGGAGAGAAAGUUCUCAGGAGAGUCAUUCCCAGAGCGGUCAUCCUCUGUACAGCCAUGGCGUGUGCAAGUGGCCAGGCUGCGAAGCAGUGUUCGGAGACUUCCAGUCAUUUCUCAAGCAUUUGAACAACGAACAUGCACUGGACGACAAGAGCACGGCGCAAUGCAGAGUUCAGAUGCAGGUGGUUCAGCAGCUGGAAUUGCAGCUCACUAAAGACAAAGAACGUCUUCAAGCCAUGAUGGCCCACCUUCAUGUCAAAUCUACUGAGCCCAAACCAGCCCCUCAGCCAGUAAAUCUGGUUUCCAACCUCACUCUUGCCAAGGGAACUGUUCCCAAGACCACUCCCUCUAUGAGUCUUUCCCAGAGUGCCACAGCACCAUCCACCCCCCUCACAUCACUGCCCCAGACACCCUCCGUCAUUAUCCCCACCAGCCUGCACAGCAUGGGACCUAUCCGCAAACGCUACUCUGACAAAUACAACAUGGCCAUGGACCAAGAUAUUGUGCAGAAUAAGGAGUUUUACCUGAGUGCUGAAGUCAGGCCUCCAUUUACAUAUGCAGCUUUGAUCAGACAGGCCAUUUUGGAGUCUCCAGAAAAGCAGCUAACACUAAAUGAAAUCUACAACUGGUUCACUCGAACAUUUGCGUAUUUCAGACGCAAUGCAGCAACGUGGAAGAACGCUGUUCGCCACAACCUCAGUCUCCAUAAGUGUUUCGUACGAGUGGAGAAUGUGAAGGGGGCCGUUUGGACCGUGGAUGAGUUGGAGUUUCAGAAAAGGCGACCUCAGAAGAUCACUGGAUCACCUCUGGUGAAGAACAUCCAGAAUAGUUUGGGUCAGAGUCCUGCCCUAUCUGCUCUGCAGGCAGCGAUGGCGGACAGCAGUCUGCCCCUAUAUGGCUCUGCGUCUAUGGGAGUGUCCAGUCUGAAGGCCCUGGCCAGCACUAUGCAUGAGGACAUGACUUCUCACGAGCAGGAUGACUGCUCCCACAGCGAUUCCUCCAGUCUGGAGCUCUCUCCUCUGCCCACACUGCAUCAGUCUCAAAUUAAAGAGGAGCAAAUGGAGGUCGAGGACUAUAAUGGCUCCAUGUCUCCUGAGACAGAUGACCAGCACAGUCCAGAUACCAACCACCAUGCUGAAUACACCGAUGAGCACGACACGGUGGAGCCUGUUCAAACCGUGGAGACACUGAUCACAGUGUUGAGUUUCAUGCCCACUUACCACCUGCUUUCUCCUAAUUGCACUCCCUUCUUAUUCCUCUUGGAGCGAGCUCGAGUAUCUGUUGAUUGCCUGUCUAUCGAGGUGCAGUACCUUGUUCUUGCAUUCUUCUCUCUGCCCAGGACUGUGGAGGAGGAUUCCUCUGUAUCUGCCCGUGUCUUGGGAGAUUCGUCUGGGUUUCGCUUGCACCUCACCAGCCUUCUAUGGACCGCUCACGUUUUGGUUGGCUGCUGGUCGAUUGAGGUGCGGUUACCUGUCUGCUUGCAUUCGCCCCGUCACUUGAUGCCCAAGAAUGUGGAGGAUUCCUCGGUCUCUACCUGUGUCUCAGGGGAAUUCGUCUGA